AUGGUCAGAUCUCAACAGCGAACUACAAACAGAGGUAGCACUUCUUCAGAUAUGAUGCUAGUUGCUGUGAAAGAAGUAUUAGAUGGUAAAACGAGUCUCCGUGCUAUUAGCCGCAAACAUAACAUUGACCACGCGACGUUGAUAAGAUAUUGCAAAAAAUACAAUAAUGCACUGAAUUCUGCAUUGUCAACAUUUAGAGUUGGUUAUAGUCAGUUAAGAAAGGUGUUUACUGAUGACGAAGAAUGCUUAUUAGAGAAAUAUAUUAAGAAAGCUGCCGCGUUGUACUAUGGUUUGAAUCCAAGAGAAGUCCGCAUAUUGGCAUAUCAAUUUGCAACCACAAAUGACAAGGUCGUUUCAAGAAAUUGGAAAAUAGAUGAAAAAGCUGGGGCUGAUUGGUUUAGUGCAUUUAUAAAAAGACACCCACACCUCUCAAUCAGAGUACCUGAAUCGACAUGUAGAGACCAGCAGAAAUCUAACGUCACGCCGGAAAUGAUCAGGCCAUUCAAAAAAACUGGACCGCGAAAGACAAGUACAGGAAAUCGAAAAAAAGGCAAAACUCAGAUUUUGACAGAUACACCAGUGAAAGCAGAGCUGGAAGCUUGUCAACAAGCUCGUGAAUCAAAAACCAUCAAUAAAAAGAGAAAGAAGAUUUUAUUUGACCGUAAUCAGCAGAUUUCAAGAAAGACGAAUAAAGUGUCGGAAAAGCAAAAGAAAAGUAAGAAUAACAUUCCUAUAAUCACGAGUGACGACAACACACCUUGUCAUCUCUGUGGCAUACUGGCCAAUGUACCUCCAUUUGAAAAUUUAAAGGAAUGUCCGUCCUGUAAAGAAUGGUUUCAUGAACGCUGUUGCCUAGAGGACUCUAAUUUGUGUUAG